AUGAGGACGCUUAAAACAAGUGGCCUAGUACCUUGUAAGGAACAAGUAAAAACUGUAAAAUUGGCCACUCAACGUAAACAUGAUAAUGAAUUUGAACCCGAUGAUGACAUUAACUAUAUGAUUGAACAAAUACAGUUUGAUACUAAUUGUUCAUUUCCUGAACUAGAAAAAUUAUGGAAAGCUACAACAAAAUAUCGUUUUGUUGAAAGUGAAGCUUGA